AUGGUUGGACGUGGAGGCUCCUCUGGCCGGGGCACAGCUCUGAGGGGUGGCUGUGAUUCCGAACUUGUCCUCUUCCUCAACUGCUUCAAGAGCUACGAGGACCAGGGCGUUCGCCGUGCAGAGAUCCUCAACGAGAUGCGGGUCCUGCUAGAAUCCUGGUGGCAGAAACCCAUCCCCGGUCUGAGCUUUGAGUUUCCCGAGCAGGACGCGGCCAGGGUCCUACGGUUCCGACUGGCAUCCACGGACCUCGAAAACUGGAUGGAUGUCAGCCUGGUGCCCGCCUUCGACGCUCUGGGACAGCUCAGUUCCGAUGUCAAACUCAAGCCCCAGAUCUACUCCCGCCUCCUCGACAGCGGCUGCCAGGGGGGCGAGCAUGCGGCCUGCUUCGCGGAGCUGCGGAGGAACUUCGUGAACGUUCGCCCGGCCAAGCUGAAGAACCUGAUCCUGCUGGUGAAGCACUGGUUCCGUCAGGUGUGCCAGGGGGAGGUGAGGAGGGAGGAGCUGCCUCCAGCCUAUGCCCUGGAGCUGCUGACCAUCUUCGCCUGGGAGCAGGGCUGUGGGAAGGAGGCCUUCAGCCUGGCCCAAGGCCUCCGCACCGUCCUGGGCCUGAUCUGUCAGUAUCAGCACCUGUGUGUUUUCUGGACCCUCAACUACGGCUUCGAGGACCCUGCGGUCAGGUGGUUCUUGCGGUACCAGCUCGAGAGACCCAGGCCCGUGAUCCUGGACCCGGCUGACCCCACGUGGGACGUGGGGAACGGAGCAGCGUGGCACUGGGAUCUACUGGCCCGAGAGGCAGAGUCUUGCUAUGAGCACCCGUGUUUUCUGCAGGCGGCGGGGGGCGCUGUGCAGCCCUGGGAGGGGCCCGGCCUUCCACGUCCUGGGUGCUCAGGUUUGGACCACCCCAUCCAGCGAGACUCUGCCCAGAGGGCCCCGGAGGAGAGCAGCAGUCUCGAUGCCGUGGGCCCAAGUGCAGGGAGCAGGCAGCCCUCACGCCCAGCUCCCGGCCCCUCAGGGACAGCCAGCACCACCCCCUGUACUCUGGGGAUGGCCUUGGAUCUGUCUCGCAUCAGCACCAAGGACCUGGACCGCUUCAUCCAGGACCACCUGAAACCGAACCCCCAGUUCCAGAAGCAGGUCAACAAGGCCAUCGAUGUCAUCUUGCAUUGCCUCUGCGAGAAGCGUUUCUACAGGGCGUCCACAGUCAGCAAGGGGGGCUCAUUUGGCCGGGGCACAGACCUGAGGGGCUACGGUGAUGCCGAACUCGUCAUCUUCCUCAACUGCUUCGAGGACUACGGGGACCAAAGGGCCCGCCGCCUGGAGAUCCUUGAUGAGAUGCGGGCACAGUUGGAAUCCUGGUGGCAAGACCCAGUCCCCGGCCUGAGCCUCCGUUUUCCUGAGCAGACCGUGCCCGAGGCUUUACAGUUCCAGCUGGUGUCCCGGGCCCCAGGAAGCUGGAUGGACGUGAGCCUGCUGCCUGUCUUUGAUGCCGCGGGGCAGCUCUGUGCGGGCGCCAGACCUGAGCCCCAGAUCUACUCCAGCUUCCUCGACAGCGGCUGCCAGGGGGGCGAGCACGUGGCCUGCUUCACAGAGCUGAGGAGGAACUUCGUGAACACUCGCCCACCCAAGCUGAAGAACCUGAUCCUGCUCGUGAAGCACUGGUAUUACCAGGUCGCAGCUCGGAACAGAGGACGGCAGCCAGCCUGUGCCUCCCUGCCCCCAGUCUAUGCCCUGGAGCUCCUGACCAUCUUCGCCUGGGAGCAGGGCUGCAGGAACGAUUCUUUCAACACGGCUGAAGGCCUCAAGACGGUCCUAGGGCUCGUCCAGCAGCACCAGCAACUUUGUGUCUACUGGACGGUCAACUACAGCUUUGAGGACCCAGCUAUCAGAACAUACCUUCUUGGCCAGCUUCAGAAACCCAGGCCCCUGCUCCUGGAUCCUGCUGACCCCACCUGGAAUGUGGGCCAGGGCAGCUGGGAGCUGUUGGCCCAGGAAGCAGCAGCUCUGGAGACACAGGCCUGCUUUAGGAAUAGACAGGGGACGUCUGUGCAGCCCUGGGAUGUGAUGCCUGCUCUCCUUUACCAAACACCAGCUGGGGACCUUGACAAGUUCAUCAGUGAAUUUCUCCAGCCCAGCCGCCAGUUCUUGGCUCAGGUGAACAAGGCCGUCAAUGCCAUCUGCUCAUUCCUGAGGGAAAACUGCUUCCGGAAUUCUCCCAUCAAAGUGCUCAAGGUGGUCAAGGGUGGCUCUUUAGCCAAAGGCACAGCUCUGCGAGGCCGCUCAGAUGCUGAUAUAGUGGUGUUCCUCAGCUGCUUCAGCCAGUUCACCGAACAAGGGAACAAGCGGGCUGAGAUCAUCUCAGAGAUCCGAGCCCAGCUGGAGGCAUGUCAGCAGGAGAUGCAGUUCGAGGUGAAGUUCGAGAUCCCCAAGUGGGAGAAUCCCCGCGUUUUGAGCUUCUCUCUGAUGUCCCAGACGAUGCUGGAUCAGAGCGUGGACUUUGACGUGCUGCCAGCCUUUAACGCCUUAGGCCAGCUGAGCUCCGGCAGGAGGCCCACGCCUCAAGUCUACGUCGACCUCAUCCACAGCUACAACAACGCGGGCGAGUACUCCACCUGUUUCACGGAGCUGCAGAGGGACUUCAUCGUCUCUCGCCCCACCAAGCUGAAGAGUCUGAUCCGAUUGGUCAAGCACUGGUACCAGCAGUGCAACAAGAUGCCCAAGGGGAAAGGUUCCCUGCCCCCCCAGCACGGGCUAGAGCUCCUGACGGUGCAUGCCUGGGAGCAGGGCGGCCGGGACCCCCAGUUCAACAUGGCGCAAGGCUUCCGCACUGUCCUGGAGCUGGUCAGCCGGUACCGUGAGCUCUGUGUCUACUGGACCGUCAACUACGACAACCGGGACAAGACUGUCAGGGACUUCCUGAGCCAGCAGCUUCAGAAGACCAGGCCCAUCAUCCUGGAUCCAGCUGACCCGACGGGCAACCUGGGCCACAAUGCCCGCUGGGACCUGCUGGCCGAGGAAGCUGUGGCCUGCAUGUCUGCCGUGUGCUGCAUGGGCAGGGACGGCACCCCCAUCCAGCCAUGGCCAGCGAAGCCCAGCGGCUUUCGCAGAGAUGGCAGUCUUCGUGCCAUUUGUCAGCCACAGGCCAUUGGCAGUGGCCGCCUGGAGGCCUGGGUUCUGGAAGAUUCUAAAGAAUGGAUGCAUACCUGGGAAGAGUGA